UCCAAGCACCCAAGUCUACACUACUUCUUCCCACCUGCCAACAUGAAGGCUUUCCAGCUCCUCGUUAUUGCCACUCUCGCUGUCGCUGGCGCCAACAGCCAGAACGACAACCUUCGUGGCACCGUCCCUCCCUCGGAUAUGGAUGGCACGGCCGUGGACUCGAUCCACACGAGAGACUCACCGACAGAAGCCAUCCCCUUCAUUCCAACAGGCAUUCCGACAGGCAUUCCAACAGACCAACCUUUCUAGCUCGUGUGUAUAUGGCUGUUAAUGUCUAGUAAAAAAAAAGCAGCACGUAACAAUUUAGCAAGCA